AUGAUUCUUUUGACUAUGACGGUGCUGAGUCUUAUCGCCGGAACGAUUUUUUACAUUUUUACCAAGGAUCAAUCCCUUGAAGUUGAUGAGACCAUCGAACUGAAUUUUGACAACUUUACGAAGCUGGCGGAAACAAUAACGCUAGAGAUUGGCAACAAAGAAUACGACGCUUUCCUGAUUGAAGAUGGCUCUUUCGAAGAUGUAAAGACCGAGUGUGAGGAAAAAGGCGGAAAACUCGCGUGGAACAAGGCAACGAGUAAAGAUGGUUUGUUUGAGAAAAGCCACUGGAUUGAGCUUGGAAAUGACACGAAGUUUGAUGAUGCGAAUUUGAACGAAACAUUCGAAAAGUUUAUGGCUCCAAUGGACAAAAAAGAAGUACAAAUCAUCAUGAGCAAAUAUCUUAGUCGAUUUAAUCAUUCGUGCAUGAUUCUCAGAAGACCGCCUCCGGUUCUUGUGCCUAUUUCUCUAAACCCCCGAGAAUUUAUUUGCCGAGAUGAUGUUCUCGAUGAUCUUGGCCGAGUAAAAAUUGUUGAUUCCAACGUCUCUCCAGAUUGCGAGUACCUUCAGCUGAAUCAAAGCUUCGUCGAAAAACAUCAACUUUGGGAUCAAAAUUUUAAAAACAAAACUUGGAUUGACUUCCGUUCGCCCCUUACUGUAAAAGGCUUACACAUCGGUAGUAAUUUCACCGAAGACAUAGAAGACCAAACAGGCUUCUCGUGGUGCCCUGGGCAACCAGAAUUGCCUGCAGGAAUUUCAUGGACAUCGAAUUUGAUUUACAAACCAGAUGAGCACAAGAGAUGGUACAGACUUGCUUAUUCUGGUUCAAAAUUCGCUGGAGUUUGCAUUCUGAGACUAAAGAAUUGA